GGACCAUCUCUCGACGUGAUCACUCGAGCUGAGGAGAUACCUUCGCAUGGGAAAACCAACCCAGAUCCUUGCUUGCGUUUCUUGUCUCACCGCUUGUCCGGCAAGUCUGUGGAUGAUCUACUCCCAUGGUCACUUGUUUUUCUCUUUGCCCUGUGGCGGCUUCAAAAACCACCGAAGGCAGAUCAAAACGUGGGCAAAAACAAUUCGAGCUACGGAGUACAGAGUGCUUCUUUGCUGGAUACCCCUCACUGCACCGGUGGUGUAAUUCAAAAGAACAACCCUACGGGAUCCAACCUUGCCGUAAGCAUCCGAACUGCUUACCUUGGUCACAGUGACUAUGUACCUCUCAUCCAUCAAGACGGUGUCGCAUUCUUCAGAGCCGAGAGGCUAAAAACGCGCUCAGCAAACCAUGUUCAUGGUGUGGAGAGCAUCAGAUCGGCCUGAGCUGAACCCAGGGCUCGCGCAUCUUCGCAGGAUAACGUGAUUGGUCUAGAUUAGGGCCAAGAGUACGCCGAGCUUUACUUGAUGCCUCCACCAAGUUGCUUGUUCUCUUGUUCCAUCCACAGUAACGGGCCGAGAUUGUUGGUGAAAAACAGAUCAUGACCUGGCUGGCUACGCAAAACUUUGAUACUGCGAGCUAUUCUCCCACGUAACUAUAUAGCUAUGGAUCGCCCCUUUGCUCGAGGCCGUUCCAAUGAAGAGCGGAGAAUAAUACGUUUUUCUCCAUCCUUUAUAGUCUUUCAUUCAGAGCACCUCUGUCGUUCACUUCCGCAAUCCCUUCUCAAUCAAGAAAACCUCAACGAAACUCCAAAGCUAAUCAGGAAUUCUUGUGUUUCUCUGUGCCCUCAGUGUGAUAAAUGGCCCCAACAUACCAGCUGUCCGAGCCUUCAUCGGGCAUUUUUCAAUUCUCGAUCAAGACACCACUUUACAUAGCUGUUCCCCUGGUUGUCAUAUUGACAUUCCUGGGCGUUCGAAAAUACAGAAAUGCCUCUUCGCGCUACGCUCCGUGCGAAAUAGGGACCCAAAAGACGCCAAUACCCUCCCGUGACAAGCAUGCUUCAGUGGUCGAAGAUACUAAGUGUCUACUGGGACCAAAUCUAGCCAGUCAUUCUAUCUCAGUGUCCGGCCCUUGUGGGAUGAAAUCGCCGACCUUUGAACACUCGAAUACGACAUCAGAGACCUCUGAGCAAAAGCAACGAGAGGCAUUCCCAUUGUCGAAAACCCCGAUCCACCAUGGUGGCAACAUGUGCGCCACUUUGCCUCCUGCGAGAUUUGCGUCGGCGUCCUUAGCGGAAUGCCAGCAAAUCCCAAGUGUGACAGAAAGCGGGAUUCGGGAAUCAUCCCAUUUUCAAACCCAACAGCGAAUCAUGCUAGCUCAUCCUCACCGGCGGAGUGAAACCGUGCAAUUUUUUAAUGGAAUGGGCCCUGAUAAAGGGAGGGUUUGGAAACGAAAGGUCAUCGAAUACAGCUAAAUCGAGCGAAACGAGGGCGAAAAAAUUCAAGCGGUGCAGAAAAUUUGCCGCUUUCAUCUAAAAUGGGCUGUACAUACAUACGUUUCCUUUGGGCGGCAGUCUUCUCGGUUCUUUAUGACAUGUCCUAUCUUGAUGAUAACCAUCCCUUUUACCGAUACCCCAACAACAGUUUUUUCAAAACGCCUUCGUUUCAUUUUCCAGUAGGACGAGAAUUUAUUGACAGGUUAUUAGUUCUUAACAAUUCGGGAGAUGGGAGCUGAAGAGCACCCAAAAACAUGUUCUUCUGGAUUGGGAUAUCACAACUUCUGUAUUUCCUAAGGCGAAUAUUUGCUCUCUUGAUAGACAUAGACACGAUGAUGACCCAAAAAAAAAGAAAAGAAAAGAAAAA